AUGAUAGCACAGGCUCGUAAGAGGGAGAUUGAUAUGGAGAUGGAGAGGAAGAGAAAGCCAGAGUCGGUGUCUGGCACAAUGGGUUCGGGCAAAAAUCCUAAGCUAUCCGCUCACAGAUCUAGGGGACAGCAAAGCCACAAUCGGUGUGGCAAGUGUGGCAGAUUGCACGAUGAGGUGUUCAAGGCAGGGAGCUCCGGUUGUUUUAAGUGCGGCUGGACUGGACAUAUGAGUAGGGAUUGUACAGCUACUACCACCACCACCACAUCAUCUGGUCUGAUUUGCUUCAAUUGCAAUCAGAGGGGACACAAAAAUUCCCAGUGUCUAAUUUUAGCUUCGGUAGGGCAGGUGGCGGCACACGCUCCUACCACAUUGAGGAUUACAGACGGCCAUCAGGGUCGGGUUGAAGUGCUAGUGGCGAAGAGCAGAGCCUUCCAGUUGAUAGCAAAGGAGGCAAGAGCUGCUCCUAAUGUGGUUACGGGGUCGUUCCUAGGGAACGACAUCUCCUCUAUGGUAUUGUUUGAUUCGGGGGCAACCCGAUCAUUUGUGUCGCUCGCACUUAGCAAGCGGUUUAGCAGAGCUCCACGGGAGCUGGAUUGUCUACUUGAUGUUGAGAUAGCAGAUGAUAGGAUUGUCAAAGUUACGAGGGUUCACAGGGGAUGUGCACUGCAUAUGUUUCACAAGCAGUUCUAA